GCAAAGUAGGCAAAUUUCAUUUUGACUCAGGGAUACCUCAUAGGGAAGAUCCCUCUACGACUGCAUUCUUGUGGCUUGAACCAUAAAAUAAAGGAAUGCUGGCAGUGACUUCUAGUACAUGUACAUGUACGUAGGUACAAUGGAGAAAAAGAAUAAUUCUGCUGAAGCUGCUCCCAGUCAAGCUAUUGGACACUCAGGUUUAGAGGAGGAUGAUCCCCAGCCCAAGGCUCAAGGCAUUUCACACGAAAAAGUUAUUUUUGACAGUGGAGAAGACUCAUUCAGUAAAGCAAUGAAACUCUCACCUGGCUCAGAACUACACGCUGUAGUUGCUGAGUUUGUGGUUUCUCAAGACAGCAGUAUUCAAAGUCAAUCAGCAGUACAACCAAUAGAUAGACCACCCAACCUAUCACAACAUUUUUGCCCACCAGAAGGACAACUGGGAAAUGCUGAGUUUGGCGUAUUCACAAAUGAAGGGGGGACCCUCUACUCUGCACUGCACGGUGUCACUGUGAUCAUCCCCCCCAAUGCCAUCCCAGAAGCCUUCUCCCCAUUUUCUCUCUCCAUGCACUUUUAUCUGCAACAACCGUUCACUCUAAUGGAUGAUGCAGACCCUUGCUCUGUGAUAGUGUGGUUACAUCAAGAUCCUCACUUUCAUUUUCUCGAGGAGGUCACUGUCAAGAUUUCCCAUGCCGCCGUAGUUGAUAACUUCCUCUGUGUAUUGACUUGGGGUAAAGCCAAACAGCUGAAUCUCAACACCAAAGUCCCAGCUGAAUUCAGCGGUGGAUACCAUGCUGUUAUCAAAGUCAAGAAUUUUUGUCCAAAAGUCACUACAAGGAAAAGGAAACGAGAACAAAGUGGAAGUAAGGAUUCAAAAAAAGUGAAGUUGGAGUCUACGGCCGGGGAAGAUGAGUCUGGUUUCAAGUACAGCAUAGCCUGCAGCAUGCCCUCUGAUCAAUCAACGGGAGACUGGAAGGUGCAGUUUGCAGCUUGUCAAAGCAACCCCACAGGGAUCUUGUUGUUGAGGCAGUUGCCAAAGAAGCAAAUUGGUAAAAAUUACUCUCAGGCGGAUGAUGUUGAAAUCAGAGGAGGCUUCUUUAAGACAUUUCCAGACACUUGGAGUGAUAGCAAUUGGGCUGUGAGGCCGGCGUUGAUAUCUGAGGAGCAGAUACUGCGUGUUCCAAAACAUAAGGCGGGACAGUCCUUACUCUACCCUCCCACUCUGUGCUUUGAGGUAUCCCACUUGAGUGAGAAUGACCAUUCCAAGCUGAGGCAAUGGAUAGUUGCGCAAGGAGCAGUCGUUGUUGAUGGCAAUACACCCUCCUUAUUUAUUUCAUCCACCCCACCAUCUAUAAUGAAAGGUGAGAAGGUCCUCUUCACCACCCCCUAUCUCUAUGGUGUUGAUAGUGACAUCAUCAGAGUCCUUACUCACCAAGGCCAGGACGUUAUUCUCGAUACUCUAACGUCUGAGCACCUCAAGUUCCUCGCAGACAUCAGUCUACAGUUAUCCGACACUCAACAGCUGUGCGAAGCAUUGAACAUCAGACCUAACGACAAAGAUUUAGAUCCCUUCACAAUUCUUGGCAACUGGGUGGCCAGUCAAGGCAGAGCCGCUAGCUUGAUACGACUCAAGGAGCAACUCAAGACUAUAGACAUUAUCGACAUUGCUGUGUGUGAAAACAAAGACUCGAGUGACCUGCUCAGUCCACAUCUAGAAGAUUGUUCGAUUCUGGACAUUUUCAUGAUGAAAGAUAGAUCGGCACCAAGUUAUAAAGCCCUGCUGAAUCUGUCUAGAAAGUUGGAACACUGCUGGAAGAAUGUUGGUCGUCUACUAGGAAUCUCACCCAACGAGUUAGACAAUAUUGCUCUACGCUCGAAAUCGCAUAAUAUUAUCGAUCCACCGUCGUACCAACUGAUUGACAAUUGGCAGAGGAGAGAGGGGAGGGGAGCUACCUUCGGGGCACUCUUCAAGGCCAUUCAUCGAAUGUUUGACCAUCAACUAGAGUUGGUCAAUGAUGCUCAUCUCUUCUGUGUACGUUUUGUUAAUAAUUAUUUACCCAUCCCUGCACUAGAGUCUAAUUAGAUUCAUUCUCCAAACUAUUCUCAUCAUGUUUUUAGUUAGUACUAUUCAGCUGUAUGGCUUAAUCACCACUUUGACAUAGUUAAAUUUGAUAAUA